AUGUCGACUCCAAAGGUUAUAGUAUUUGGACCGUCUGGAGCGGUUGGCUCGGCCACCGCACGCGCUGCUCACGAACUUGGAGCAAAGGUGGUACUGGCAAUGCGGGACACGAAAAAGCCCAUUCCAGGCCUGGAUGAGGCACAGCUGAAAGACGGCAGCUUCGAGAAAGUACAAGCCGACCUACAAAGCCCUGAUACUGUGCACGAUGCGGUAUCGAGCACCCAAGCUACCCGUGCUUUCAUCUACAUCGCCCACCGCUCACCCGACAACAUGAAGUCUACCCUGCAGGCACUCAAGUCUGCCGGCAUCGACCUGGUGGUAUUGCUCAGCAGCUUCACCAUCCGAGGCGAACCAGAAGACGUGCAACCUAGCGAGGUUAUACCCUACCUCCAUGCCCAAAUCGAGAUCAGUCUCAAAGAAGUAUUUGGCCCAGGUGGGUACGUCGCUGUUAGACCGGGUUCAUUCGCCAGCAACACAAUCCAGUACAAGGCAGGCCUCGAGAGUGGGUUGGUCAAGAUCUUCGCACCUGAUGCUACAAUCGAUGCCAUUGCACAAGAGGACAUUGGGAGAGCCUGUGGUACGGUUCUCGUGAAAGGGCCGCAGGACGACAACGCGGCCAUGUACCUGUAUGGCCCACAAUUUAUUUCGCAGGCAGACUGUGUCAAGACCCUCGCAAAAGUCCUGGGCAAGAACCCUACCAUUGAAGUGAUUGACAAAGAGGAAGCAUACAAGAAAUUUACCGAAGAGCGUCACUGGCCUACUCCUCUCGCGGAAUACAUGAUCAAGCAUUCGGGGGCGGUAGAUCCUGCACGCAGUCUGGUCUGUGGUUAUCCAGUCGACCCUGAGCAGCUGGCGAGUGUCGAGAAAUACACUGGCAAGAAAGCAAUGACGUUUGAAGAAUGGGCAGAACAGAACAAGCAGAGGUUUCUCUCUUGA